UCCUGGCGGCGGGCGGGGUUCCGGCCGGGGGCGUGAGCGCGCGGGUCCCGCUGCCCGGGCCACCCAGGCCACCCAGGCCCCGCUUCAGCACUCAGCAUGGCGGGACCCGCGCCUGGGCGGCUGCUGCGAACGCUGGCCGCGCUGGCCGCGCUGGCCCUGGUCCUGGCACUGCUGGCCCUGGGACCGCCCGCAGUCUGGGCCGGGCAGACGCCGCGGCCCGCCGAGCGGGGGCCCCCGGUGCGGCUCUUCACCGAGGAGGAGCUGGCCGGCUACGGCGGGGAGGAGGAAGAUCAGCCCAUCUACAUGGCAGUGAAGGGAGUGGUGUUUGAUGUCACUUCUGGGAAGGAGUUUUACGGACGAGGAGCCCCCUACAAUGCCUUGGCCGGGAAGGACGCCACCAGAGGGGUAGCCAAGAUGUCCCUGGAUCCUGCAGACCUCACCCAUGACACUACGGGCCUCACGGCUGAGGAGCUGAAGUCCCUGGAUGACGUCUUCACCAAAGUGUACAAAGCCAAAUAUCCCAUCGUCGGCUACACGGCCCGAAGAAUUCUCAACGAGGACGGCAGCCCCAACCUGGACUUCAAGCCCGAAGACCAGCCCCAUUUUGACAUAAAGGACGAGUUCUGAUGUUCUCCCUGUAGGAGCAGAUCCUUGGGAGGGCGAGGCAGGGAGAGACUCCUGGGCGAAAUCUGCACAAUGGGCCGCCUGGGUCUCCGGUCGGCCAGAUCUGAAUAAAGCAGACGUUUAACCUGGAGCGCAGAAAGCAUUUUAUUGUCCGUGGUCAAGUGUUCUGUCCAGGUGGGGACCCUGCCCACACACCAGCCACGGUGGUAAUAACAGCCUCGUGAGGGUCAACAUUGACUCUCCGGGUGGUUGAAUUAACGAGUGACUGUCUUUACUUCUUUAUAUUUUUCUGUACUUGCCAAAUUUCCUACUGUAACUAUGUUUGCUUUAGAAUAAGCACAGAAAUAAACUU